CUUGCUCAUAUCAACGCAGUCACCUAGAUGCAUUGUCAAUUGAGGACGAAACAAUAGACGGAAAUUGAAGAUGGCGUCGAUGCAGAUGUGUGGAGCAACCGUUACCAAGAGAACAGCAAACAUCAUUACUGCUGUUGGAUCGGUGGGAGCUUUAGUUGGUACCUCACUGAUAAUUACUGCUAUUGCCGUAGGCUGCCAAUACUAUAGAUACAGCGACGGCAUAAUAAACUACUACAAAACUGACUGCACUAUUUAUUCGAUUUUAAUAAUCACAGGAUCCAUUCUUCUGUGCUCUGCAGUGCCUGUUGCGGUGACUGGAUGUGUGAUGCUUUGCAGCAUGCGUAAAGCCAGAUCACCGGCGCCAGUGCCCGUGACGCUGCAUGCACCCGUGUAUAAUGUCCAGCUCCACCCACAACAGGGAGUAGGUCAGCUUCACCCACAACAUGGAACAGGUCAACCUUACCAGCAGCAGGGAAUAGCCCCACCAUACCCACAGCGGGCAGCAACUCCAUCAUACCCACAGCAAGAAACAGUUCCAUCAUACCCACAGCAAGAAACAAUUCCAUCAUAUCCACAGCGGGCAGCAACUACAUUAUACCCACAGCAAGAAACAGUUCCACCCUACCCACAGCGGGCAGCAACUCCGUCAUACCCACAGCAAGAAGCAGUUCCAUCAAACCCCCAGCAGCUAAGAGGACUCCCACACGAACAAGGCCCACAACAGCCCUACAAUAAAAGGAGAACCUUUUACGAUUCCUCGCGACGGGGUAACAGCUGGGAUAUUUAUAACUGAAGCUGAAACUGCAACUACUGCUUGAUUCACUGACAAACCAAAAUUGAUUUCCUUUCUGGUCUUUUUUACGUUUGGUAGUUGAUUGUGAUUUUGAGUUACAUUUUACGUUUGUAAUUAUAGUAUUCAAACCUGUAGCGCCUGUAGCUGGUAAAGCAAGAUAUUUAUAAACGGAAUAAUAAUGUAGUAAUACAAAUGACACUGAGAUGUUUCAUUAAGCACUAGUUAAUUUUUCAGAGUAUGAUGUACUUUGUUUUGCUUAGUGGUAUGUUUAUAACUACAUGGAACAGCUGGUAUCUUGACAGACAACUUAAACCAAAUUGAAAUCUUUUAUAUUGAUUUAAUAUCAUUGGAAGCAUGAAACAGAAGAAAUUGAUCAAAAUAUAGCACAAUACAUGGUGAUUUGUCAUUGUAUGAAUAAAGUUCCUUGACCUACUGA